AUGUGCGGAGGCCCGGAAACUGUUCAUCGUCCGCGCGGCGGCGCGCUCGUCGCGCUCAGCCCGCCGCCCGGCAUCGCGCCGGCCAUGACCGGCGACCUCACCUUUCACACGCCCGGGCAGCCGGACAGCACGGAAGCGACGCAUGCGCGGCUGUCCUUUUCCGCCGUCUGCGGGCCGCCUUGUGCGCUGCACGUCGUCAUCCAUGCGGGCGGCGACCUGACCAAGAGCGCGAGCGAGUGCGGGCUGUUUCGGCAGCUGCGCUUGGCGGCCACGGCCGACGAGGCGUGGGAGGGCCCGCUGGACACGGCGCUGUCGCUGCAGGUCGGCGCCGACGGCAUCAUCGGCCGCCGCGUGUCGGUGUACGGCGAGGAGCUGGAUGGGCGCAGCGGCCGCGUGGUGCUGGCAGAGGGCAUCGUGGGAUUCUCCAAGGCCCCGCUAGCCAUCUCCGAGGCGAAGCCCUUUGUGCGCUCCAAGAAAAAGGUCAAGACAAUGCGCCAGGAGACAGCCGAGAUAGCGUGCUAG